AUGAGGAGGAUCGAUGGCGGUAGAGAAGAGAUACUGAAGAAAGAAGGAGAGCACAUCGCCGAGAGGAGGAUACUCGGAGAUGAGGAACUGCUCGUCGAACGGCAAGAAAGAGAAGGCUUCACCAGUGAAGAAGAACAUGCAUUCAAAUCAUGCUCUCGCCAUCCUCUCAUCACUUGCAUCCAGAUCAGAAUGGAGAACGUAAUUUCGCAGCCACACGUUCCAGGUGAUGAAGUGGUGAUUCGCAAGUCUGGAAGCUACCAUCCCACCGUUUGGGGUGAUUACUUUAUCUUACAGGCCCAGUCCUCCCCCAGUACACAGGAGUGCGAUGCAAGGAUGCAAGAGAGAGCUGCAGAACUGAUGGAGCAGGUAAGAAGCAUGUUCAAGGACACUACCGACAUCUUGCAUACUAUGGACUUGGUCGAUUCAAUCCAGCUUCUCGGAUUGAGUUAUCACUUCGAGAAAGAAAUAAGUGAAGCAUUAAACCGAGUCCAUGAUGCCGAUUUUAACGAUCAUGAUCUCUACGAUACUGCUCUCCGGUUUCGCCUGCUGAGACAACAAGGGUAUCAUGUGACCCCUGUUGUCUUUAACAAGUUCAAAGAUGAGGGAGGGAGUUUCAUGUCUACCUUGGGGAGUGAUGUGAAAGGACUGUUAAGCUUGUACAACGCAGCCUAUCUUGGGACUCAUGGGGAGAUCAUUCUUGAUGAAGCCAUCUCUUUUACGAGGAAUUACCUAGUGUCUGCAUCAGCCGAUCUUAAACCACCAUUAACAACGCAAGUGUCUCUCGACCUCGAGACACCUCUCUGUAGAAGAAUGAGAAGGCUCUUGGCAAGAGAAUACAUCUCUAUAUACCAAGAGGAUGCCACACGAGAUGAUGCCAUCCUGGAGCUUGCAAAGUUGGACUUCAAUUUGUUGCAAUCUCUUCAUCUCGAGGAGCUUGAGAACAUCACCAAGUGGUGGAAUGAGUUAGCCCCCUCAAAACAUCUCAGUUUUGCUCGAGAUCGAUUGGUGGAAUGCUACUUCUGGAUCCUGGGAAUAUACUUUGAACCCUACUAUUCUCGUGCACGAGAGAUAACAACCAAAGUGAUUGCCCUUAUUUCAAUUUUGGACGACAUAUAUGAUGUUUAUAGCACAUUGGAGGAGAGUCAACGACUAACUGAGGCAAUUCAAAGGUUCAUGAAAGAUUUAUCUGAAGCUUAUUUUGAGGAAUCCAAAUGGAGAGAUCAACAUUACGUACCAACUUUGGAAGAACAUCUACAUGUUUCCCUCGUAAGUUCAACAUCUCCUAUGCUCAAAUGUGCUUUUUUUGUUGGAAUGGGAGAAAUAGCAACUAAGGAGGCAUUUGAGUGGAUUACUAGUUUCCCAAAGAUUGUCCAAGCUUCUGCAAUAAUUGGUCGUAUAAUGAAUGACAUUGCUUCACAUGAGUUGGAACAAACUAGGGAACAUGUUGCCUCCACAGUCCAAUGCUACAUGAAAGAGUUCGGAACAGAUGUGCAUGUGGCAUGUAAGAAACUCCAAGGUCUAGUUGACGAUGCAUGGAAGGAGAUAAACGAAGAGUGCCUCAAUACGACUGCAUUCUCCAUUGCUUUACUUGAAAGGAUUAUUAAUUAUUCACGAAUGGCAGAAAUUACUUAUAAGUACAUCGAUGGAUACACCAACUCCUCUACGAAGACGAAGGAAUAUAUCUCUUUGUUACUUGUACAUCCUGUUCCACUUUGAUUGUAUGACGAUGCUUGCUUCUUCUAUGAAUCCUUUAUUCUGAAAUAUAUGUAAGUCUUUGUAAAUGAACGUGUAUUGUACUAUGCUUGCUUCUUCUAUGAAUCCUU